AUGUCGGUUGCAACGAAGGGGGGCAUUCCCAUGCCCAAGAUCAUCAAGGCGGAAGAAGUUUGGAGCGCCGCUCAAAGGGAGGCUUUCCUUGCCUUUGCCGAUGCCAUCGUUCCCGAACUUGAUGGCGCAGAUGCUGCCGACGUUCUUUCUCACCUUCCUGCCGAGGCUACCGACCGUCAGCGAGAACUCGCCCCGCGAUUUGCUAAGGAAGGCUUCAAGUCGUCGCCACGUCUGCUUGAUUGUGCUGCUCAGCAGUGCCUGGCCUCGCUCUCGUCUAACGUCGCAGGUCAGAUCAACCUGUUCCUCACCCUCCUCUCCACUCGCGCAGGUACCAUCGCCCUCUCCGGCUACGUUGGCCCUUUCACUCAGCUCGACCGGCUGACUCGAGAAAAGGUCAUCUUAGGCUGGCUCACUUCGCGUCUCACCCUUCUCCGUAUGGCAUCGGCCGGUCUCAAGGGCAUCAUUCUGUUGGUUUAUUACCGCAACCAUCAGCCAGCGUGGGAGGCGAUCGGAUACCCUGACGGUCGUGCUGACGAUUGGACUCGUCCUACCCAAGGCGGCGAGGUUACGCCACCGACUCCGGUGUAUGACUACAAGUUCGAGAACGACAAGAUUGCUGCUCAAGCAACUGGCUCUGAAAUCAUUGUCGACACCGAAGUGCUUGUCAUCGGCUCCGGUUCCGGUGGUGGUGUAGCGGGUAGCUACCUGGCUCAGCGCGGUAUACGCACCCUCAUCGUAGACAAGGGUAUCUAUCUCCACCCCGACAAGGUGGUGGGUCGAGAGGAUCAAGGUUACAGUCUGCUCUACGAGGGUGAGGGUAUCUUGCCAUCCGAGAACGGCUCUAUCAACAUUCUCGCCGGGUCCACCUUCGGUGGUGGAUCUUCCAUUAACUGGUCUGCUUCACUCAAGCCUCGCCACUUUGUGCGAAGAACAUGGGCCGAAAAGUACGGCGUCCCUUAUUACAAUAGCCCUUACUUCACCUCGGACCUGAAUGCCGUCUGCACGCGCAUGGGUGUAGCCGUUGCUCCUAUCCGUCACAACAUUGGUAACUCACUUCUCGCAUUGGGAGCUCAGCGAGCUGGUCACCCGGUCGAGCCGGUCCCACAGAACAGUGGUGGCCACACCCACUAUUGCGGCAAAUGCCAGUUGGGCUGCAUCUCCGGCCACAAGCAAGGAGGUAUUGUGUCGUGGCUCAAGGAUGCCGCCGAGGCCGGCGCCGCCUUCAUGACUAAUUGCUACGUUGAGCGCAUCCUCUUUGACAAGAACAAGCGUGCCAUCGGUGCGCUCGCCACCGUCGACGGACGCAAGAUCAAGAUCCUGGCUGCUAAGGGCGUCGUCGUCGCAUCCGGCUCACUCCAAACGCCCGCGCUGCUCCUGCGUUCACCCGAGCUCAAGACCAACAAGAUGAUCGGUCAGACGCUCCGACUCCACCCAGCCACCGUUGUGACCGGAUACUACAACUUCCCCAUCAAGCCAUGGGAAGGUGGAUUGCUCACCAUGGUGGACAACUCUGCCGAGAUGGUCGACAAGGAUGGAUGGGGCUGCAAGAUCGAAGUGAUUGCUUCGUCGCCCUCGAUCCACGCCGCUUUCAACAACUUUGCGAGUGCCAAGGAGCACAAGUCGCGGAUGCUUCAAUACAGCCACAGCUACACUAUGGUCAUCAUCUGCCGUGACCGCGACGGCGGACGCGUUGUUCUCGAUGAGAAGGGAUUGGCACGUGUCGAUUACACUAUUUCUUCGUUCGAUCAGCGCAGCCUGGUCCAAGGCAUUCUUCGAGGAGCCGAUGCGCACCUGAUGGCCGGUGCAGAGGUUAUCGGUACCGCCCAGACCGCUGUUCCCGCUUUUGUCGCCAGCUCGCUCAGCUCCGCCAAGCCUCCUACUAACGGUGCCCCCGCCCUCCCCCCGCCUCCCUCGGACAGUAUCUACACCGAGACCACCCAGGUACCAGCCACCUUCACUCCCGUCCAGACGGUUCCCCGUGAUCUCAACGACCCGGCUUACAAGGAGUGGCAGAAGAAGGUCAGCGCGGCUGGUGCUCAACCUUACAUCUUGUCGAUGGGUUCGGCUCAUCAAAUGGCUUCGUGCCGUAUGGGUGCCAAUCCCAAGAUGUCGGCGCUUGACCCCGAGGGACGUGUUUGGGGAGCCAAAAACCUGUGGGUCGCCGAUGCUUCUGCCAUGUGCGAAGCGAGCGGUGUCAACCCAAUGAUCACUGCCAUGGCCACGGCCCGUGGUGUCGCUCGCAAUGUCGCUCGCGAUAUCGGUGCCGUUGCUCCUGCCCCAUUGCGUUCAGAAGUUGCUGGAGAACAAGCCCGCCUGUAG